CUGCCUUUGAGUGAAGUGAAAAAUUAGAAACCCGCCGUAUCCGCCUUUUUCCACAGUAUUAAGGAGUAAUUACUACUUAAACAUCACCGUUUGGUGUCUAAUCCAUGUUAAACAGCGUCGUUUAUUACCUUUUUAUCUAUAAUCACCUUCUUCCUUGAUCCACUCCCCGUCACCAUCUCAUACUUUAAAAAGCUGACACUCACAGACGCCGCUUCACGCCCAACCAAAAUUUCACCGGCAAUGUCGCUACUAAUUCCUCCAGCGCCACCUUCUCCUGCUAACAACCGUUAACUCCUCCGCGUCUCUUAAAAAAAAAAAAAAAAAAAAAGGAAAAUGGCCCAAAGCCUGAAGCUGAAGGUACUAACCUUGAUCACUAAACUAUCAGACCGGGACACCUACAACCUUGCCGCCACCGAGCUAGAGUCCAUUGCCGGAACGCUGGAUAAUACGACUCUUUCAACCUUUAUUUCGUGUUUACUAUCCACUGACUCCAGCGAUAAGCCUCUGGUCCGUAAGCAGUGCCUUCACCUCCUCUCCGUCCUCUCUGUCCUUCAUUGCAAUUCCCUCUCUUCUUUCCUCCCGAGAAUACUUUCCUACGUCGCACGCCGCCUCCGCGACGCGGACUCUUCUAUCCGCUCGCAAUGCGUCGCCACUGUGUCUUCGCUCGCUUCGAAAAUCACGGAACAGGAAUUGAAUUCGCAGAUUGGAUCCGCUUUGUGUUUGGCCGCUGCAAUAGAUGCGGCGCCGGAUCCAGAGCCGGGGAGGUUGGGGAAGGCGCUCGUGCCAAAGCUGGAGAGACUGUUGAAAAGUGACGGCUAUAAGGCGAAAAGUGCAGGAUUGGUUGUAAUGGGAAGUGUGAUUGGGGUAGGAGGAGUAAGGGGAUAUGCGGGGAUGGGCGGUUUGGUGAAGUCUUUAGUCGGUUUUUUGAGCAGCGAGGACUGGGCAGCAAGGAAGACAGCAGCGGAGGCGCUCGGGAGGUUGGCGCUUGUGGAGAGAGAUGCCAUGGUGGAAUUCAAGAGUGGAUGCUUAAAAGUUUUCGAGAAUAGGAAAUUCGACAAGGUCAAGGCUGCAAGGGAGGUUAUGAAUAAGAUGCUAGAGGCAUGGAAGCAGGUUCCAGAUGCUUCUGAGGAUGUGUCGCCACCACCGCGAUCUCGGGCUUCUUCAAAAGAGGAUGCAAGUGAUGGGCGAUACCCACUUGGUUCCAAAAAUUCUUUUGCUGCUGGUUCUGAAGUCCCUCAAGUGAGGAAAAAAGACAGUUUAGCGAGCAGGACUACUCCACCUGAUCAUUCAUCAGUGACUAUGGCUAGGAGAAGAAAUUCUCUAAAGAGUGAUGAAAAGAAAACAGGUCCAUCAUUGUUCAGAAAAGUGGACUGCAAGAGGACCUUGGAUUGGAAAGUUGAAGUUGCAAUUCCUAUUAGCACUUCAUCUGGGAUUGGUGAUAAUGAUAAUGCCCAAGAAAGAAAGUUGACAAAGCCAGAAACAAAACGGACCCUUCUGAGUAAGAAUUCUGAUAACAAGACACUUAAAUUUGGUGGGCUGAAGUCUGGAUCUCGUGUGGCUCCUUGCCAUGAGGAGAGUCCAAUUUCAACUGUUGUAGCCUCUAAUGUUAUUGAGAAUCACCACGCUAACCACAAAGAGUGUGAGGAUUUAUCUUUGAUCCGCAACCAACUUGUUCAGAUUGAAAGGCAGCAAUCUAGCCUACUAGAUCUCCUGCAGAGAUUCAUGGGGACUUCACAAAAUGGAUUGCGUUCUCUGGAGACACGAGUUCAUGGCUUAGAGCUGGCACUGGAUGAUAUCUCAUAUGACUUGGCUAUAUCACGUGGAAGGAUGAUGGAUUCCCGCAGAACCACAUGUUGCAUGCUACCCGGUGCUGAUUUUUGGAGCUCCAAGUUAUGGAGGAAAACAGAAAGCCGCUAUUCAACCUCAAGGUUCUCUUCUAAUGGCACUCCAUCAUUGGUUGCUAAGCGCCAUAGAGCUGAUAAACAUCGCAAUCCUGAAACACAUAACCUGGAGAGUCACAGGUCACAGUUUCAGGGUGGUGGUGGACUCAUAGUGAAUCCCUUGGCAGAGAUGCACGAAUCAAUGGGGAUCUCAGAGGGCCCACAACGCUAGCCAAGGAAUCAGCAGGAAAACCAUGGUAUGGUCAAGCCAUCUAGAGGAGGUGAAGACUAUUAUAUGCGGGAUGCUUCCAGCCAGUUUGAAGUUGACUAAUGCAAAUUAUGACAGAUACAAAUCAGCAUAGCUUACCGGAAGAAGUAAUCGCACAUCAUUCUCUUUUGGAGUAAGAAAGAGAUGCUGAUUCAUUAAGUCUUCAAUUUAGUCUAGAAUUCUUGAUUCCCUUUUUUUUUAACAUGUAUUCUGAGGACUGGGAAAAAAGUUAUACAGAGUGUUAAGCGUGUAUAGAGAGUACUAAUUUUUUCGCCUGGGUUUGUGUUUUUUCCUUCGUUCUUCAUUAUUACAUGAUUUUCAAUGAUAAUGGCGGUGUGACUGUGGCAGUACCUAUCAUAAUUGGAUGUAUUCAAGCACAUCAAUUGGCUCUUGACCUUGACAAAAUGUGAGUUGACUUCUAGAACUUUUCAUUAUUAAUAUUUGAUGUCUAACUUGUAUAGAAGCGCAAGUAUUUAAUUUUUCAUGUGCAU